AUGCUGCUAGGAAAGGAAUGAGACCUUUAAUAAACAGUCACCAUGAACCUUGCCCCUAAUGGCAGGACCUUAUUUUUAUUGGCGCUUGAAAUGAAUACAGCAUUUGGAUGUGUGCAGUGCAUUUUUCAAACAGUAGUUCUAUUACCAAAUGUAGAAAGUGUGACUGGAGGGCUCUGAGCACUCAACUGGCACAUUCCAAGCCUAAUGAUUCAUGCUUGCAGCUUAAAACUGAGACUACAAGUUUGAAGUUCAGUUGCAGAUUAGUUUUUCUUACAAAUGCCUUCCUGUAUUGUUUUUUAAUACUUGAGGGAAGGGCUUGAGGUAGUAGUGAUGAGUAAUUAAAUGGAGUCACUGGAUUUGAUGCCGAUUUGAGCUGACAGAGCAGAAUGGUGUCGCAUAGCUGACAGAUUAACAGUUCUCUAUCAGACAAUAGUUCUCUAGGGAUUUAUACCUGCUGGUAACGGCUUCUUUUAUUUGCUUAUGGUGUCUGCUGGGUGAGUUAGACAGGAGGGGGAGCCUGGUACCAAUGUCCAAACUCCAACAAAGAAGCAAUCAGAAGAUUCCUGCCUAAGCUAACAGCACAGGCUGUGUGGCACUGCCCAGUUGUGAGCUUGUUUGAUCACCAGUUCUUUUUCCUUUCCCCAAAGAAAGUAGGUAAACUCACAGCAGAUUUUUCAUCUCGUCGUUCUUACACCAUAGGAACUGUACAUAGCUUCUGCAACAGUGACAGCAACUUGCUGUGGACUCGUAUGUCCAUGUUUAACGUUAUGUUUAAGCAUCACUGGGAUAUUUGCCUCUUGGUGAAUGUGAUGAGGUCAGUAGAACACAACUUAAGAGAAACAUAUGUGAUCUUACUCAUCUGAACUGAACUUUUUUAAGAAGUGGAGGCAAAAAAGCUAUAAAGACCAUUAUUUCUCCUCCAUGGAGAGGAAUCUGUCUUGUACCACAUGGUUUGUUUAGAACUGAAGGGAGUAGUCCCCACUGCGUUUGGUUGUAGAAGAUUUCCACGUCCUUUUGUUUUCAGGGAGCAGGGGACCUGCUUAACCUGCCUCAUGGUUUCAGGGAAUCAGCCUUGUCAGUGCAGGAUACAGUAAUUCCUUAAAAAUGCUUUGAGGGAUUUCUCCCAGAAGAGCUGAUGGGUUUGCCUCCCUUAUCCUUCAGGGAAGAGUGAAGACGAUGUAGAUACCUCUUCUGUUUGCUCUGCUGUCUUCCUGCAGAGUCCUGCACGGGUGAAGGCCUCAAAGGAGGAGAGGAGAGCGGGGAGCAGGGUGCCAGCCUGGCCUGUGGGAGCCCCCCGCAUGAGGGGCCGGCUGCGGUUGGAGCGCUCUGCUGACUCCUGCCCGGCUGCGCCUCUGUCAAGUGGACUCUCUCCCCACAGUUUUCUGAAGAUGCAUGUUUCAGUGCCAAGAUUAUUUUCAUCUUGGACUGAUGAAGCACCUUUUGGAAUGAUGUCAUCACUUUAGCUUGUUUUUAUUUAAAAUGUAGUAUUUAGUGGUGGCAGUUUUGGCAAAUCAAGAGAAAUCGCUCCCCUAUGCUCCUCUUUGAUUUCCUUUGAAUUUUGAUGGGAUUUUGGGUAACUGCUUUCCUCGUUUUACUGUACAGAUGGCUUAAUUUUUGUUGUGUAGGAGAUUCUUGUGCCAGCCAGAGACUGAAUGAUAUUUUAAAUAGGAAAACAAAAACGUUGGCACAGGCUCAGGGAGUAAGGAGUAUGUUUUGAGUGUUCUCAGCUGAUUUUAAAUUUGCCUCCUUUUGAUCAACUGGAUGCUUUUAUGUGCGGUUGUUAAAAUUCAGCUUAAACAACAAUUUACACAAAGGUCUUGGAACUUCCUGAGAUAUAGAACGCUGUAUAGCAGUUUUCUUCCUGAACAGAGACACCUCCAGAGGUGUUUCUAGGGAAUAUCUGUGAUGUUUGCAGUUGAACACCAGUCAAAAUAUACAAUUCUGGCUAGAAUAUUUUCCCUCUGAGGCCUGAGGGGGAUGCCAUUAGCAGGAUGCCAUUAGCUAGUUAAUUCCAGCUCUUCCUGCUGGCCCUCCCACUCCUCCUGCCUUGUCCCUAAAACAAUACAACCCUUUUCCUCAGUGUUUUUUUUGAUCUGCCCUAGUAGGUGUACGGCUUUCAUGGUGUUCAGGGAGCUUUGCAAAUGAGGAAUUCAUUUAUUUGAACACAGACUUGAACAGAAAAUUUAAGUUGCCAGCCGCUACAGAGUUAGGCCCUGAACUGCUGGGGGACGGGGAGUUGGUUCAACCCCAAGGGGGGGUGUAGGUAGCUGGCUUCUGCUCUCGGAAUCAAGGGUCCAGUUUUAGUCUCAAUCCAGCCAACAGGAGGUACAGAAAAUCUUUUGGAGGUGUGGUCUGCAGAGUAGAAGAGGGAAGUUUACCCCCAUGUAUUCAGAAUGCACAAACAGAAAUAUUGCAGCUUUUCAUCUUUAGAAAGCAAACCAAAGCCAAGCCAGCUUCCUUUACUGGUGUUUGGUGUUUUAGUUCUGCUGGACAUAAAACUGGCAGUACUGAGAGUCGCAGGAUAGCCCUGUUAACUCUUCUUUUGUACCCUGUUUUCAAGCUGGCCCUAAAUCUGGCUUAUUUCAUGAUGUGUCUCGGCAUUUGCAGAGGAACGUCCCUUACCUACUGUCUAUGCCAGUCUUUUGAGAUGGAAAGAGGCUUGAGGAUGUGGAUGUUAGUGUUUGGCAAGGGCUGCAAAAUGGAAAGACGUUCCUUUCCUUUCUGCUUUCUUCUUUACAAGCUGGUCAUUAAGAGCAGGAAGGGAUUUUUGGUGCCCAGCAGCCCAGAAUUCUCUUAGCGGCAGCUGCUGCACUGCAGAACCGAAGCUAGGAACUAUCUGCUCCUCCUCCCAGCCCACUCCUCCUCCCCGCCUGGAUGCGACUGCCUCCGGGUUAGCGGUGCGAGGCCAGUUGGCUGCUCCGACUGGAGUGUGGCGCUGCCCGGCAGCCUGCGACUGUAGGGGUUCUUGGGGAGCUGCGCUUCAAUGGCCACCCUGACUAUCGAGAAGCAAGGACUGCUUAUACAGAGAGCUCGUUUUUAUCGUGCACAGUCGGCUUUAUCGUGGGAUGUUGAAAUAUGACACAAUGCCUAUUUGUUUGCAAUAGCCGCAACCCUCGUAGCAGAGACUCAAGUGGGAAACAGAGGGGGAAUCCAGAGACAAACCAGCUGGGAAUUAGGAACUGUGACGCCGUGUCCUCUCUCCUGUGCCGGAGCAAGGAAAGGAAAGAGAGAGAGAGGAAAAAAGACUGAGCCUUGCAACCAGCCGUCACCCUGACGAUGUGUCAGUCAAACACCCUGCAAGGACCAGAUCUGCAUGCAGGGAAAUGGUGAGAUGCUAUAAAGCUUUAUCUAACCCUCCAUCCUCUUGCUACAACCUCCACAAAGUUAGGAUUCAUGUCCGGAGGCUGCGUACGGGGAACGGCGGCAGCAGCAGCUGUGCCGGGAACCAGCACCCACCGCUGGAGAGUCCAGGCCCAGCUGGCUCUGCUGGUGGGACACCAAAUAGGAGAGCGCGUUUCAGGUUGCAGUUUCCCCAGCUGGCCCUGAGGCGAAGGUUGGGCCGGCUAAGCUGUAUGUCUAGGCCUGCUCUGAAACUGCGUUCUUGGCCUCUGACCAUUCUCUAUUACCUUCUGCCUUUUGGUGCUCUUAAGCCCUUGACCAGAGUGGGAUGGAGGCCUAUGAGCAGGGUUGCUUUGUACAAAUCAGUACCAACUCGGCUGCUCUCACGAGCCUGGGGCCGCCUGAACCAGGUGGAGCUGCCCACUUGGCUCCGGAAGCCCGUUUACAGCCUGUACAUCUGGACAUUUGGAGUGAACAUGGAGGAAGCUGCUGUCGAAGAUCUGCAUCACUACAGAAACCUCAGUGAGUUCUUCCGCAGGAAGCUGAAACCACAAGCACGGCCGGUCUGCUGUCUGCACAGUGUGAUCAGUCCCUCUGAUGGAAAGAUCCUUAAUUUUGGACAGGUCAAAAACUGCGAGGUGGAGCAAGUUAAAGGGGUUACUUAUUCUCUGGAGUCUUUCCUGGGACCUCGUGUCUGCCCAGAAGAGCCACGUUUUAGCCAGGCCCCUCCCAGUAACUCUUUCCAGCAACAACUGGUCACAAAGGAGGGGAACGAGCUCUAUCAUUGUGUGAUCUACCUUGCACCAGGGGACUAUCACUGCUUCCACUCCCCUACUGACUGGAGAGUGUCUCACCGACGGCACUUCCCAGGGUCUCUGAUGUCUGUGAAUCCUGGAGUUGCUCGCUGGAUCAAGGAGCUGUUCUGCCACAAUGAACGGGUUGUCCUUACAGGUGACUGGAAACACGGCUUUUUCUCUUUAACUGCUGUAGGAGCAACAAAUGUGGGCUCCAUCCGCAUCUACUUUGACCAGGACUUGCACACCAACAGUCCACGCUACUCGAAAGGUUCCUACAACGACUUCAGCUUCAUAUCCAACAAUAACAAGAAGGGAAUCCCCAUGAGGAAGGGAGAACAUUUAGGGGAAUUUAACUUAGGCUCUACGAUCGUACUGAUCUUUGAGGCACCCAAGGACUUCAAAUUCCACCUCAAGGCUGGACAGAAAAUCCGCUUUGGGGAAGCACUGGGCUCUCUAUAGAACGGUCAGCAAGAAGGGUUUCUAUACAAAGGGACUCAUCGCACCACCGAGUGUUCCAUUUAACAAGUGUGUGUCACUCAGCGGGACCUGAGUGAGGAACACAGCAGAUGUCAUUGCUACGUUAAACUUGAGUGUGUUUGGUCUGUAUUUACCUGCUGCUGAAUGCAGAAAGAGGACUUUGAAUGGCCUUGUCUGUGUCAGGUCCAGCUGCCUUUAAAGAUGCUGACAACAGAGGUUUCUGUUCUACCCUGUGCCUGCAGUCUUUCAUGUUCUCCCCUUGCUGUGCCACAGAACGCUGUUCUUGGAGCCCCCAAGUCCUUUGUGAGCCUUCCUCAGCUGUGCUGGUGCAGCAGGGAAGGGUGGAGGUAGAGAUGAGAUGUGUUUAAAGGGCACUGACAGGUCGAGUCAAACCUUGUACCUUUUUCUCUGCACUGUCUGAUUUCAGACAUCGAGUAAAGAGUAUGUUCUUAUAUUUAUUUUACUCUCAAGACACUCCCCUGCAGCUCUUGCAUGAAGGCAGCCUACGAGUACGUAGAGUGCCAGAGUUAAACGGGCUGGGAUAACAUCACAGUCCAAACCAACCACCAUGUACAACAGGCAAUGUCCUCAUAAUAAAGUACAGUCACCCAGGCUUCCCACUGUCAGACAACUCCAGUUCUUUCACCUGAUGUGGUCCCUUUAAAGAUGGACUUUGCGCUCUGUUUUGAACCUGAACACUGUCUGUGUCCCCUCAUUUUGAGAGUUUGUUUUUAAAAAAAAUAGCAGAGCAAGCUCUGUCCCAUUGUAAUCCAUGGCUUUAUGUUGCUGUUCCAGGCCUUAAAGAGUUGGUUUGUGUGAGAGACAAACAUCACCUCUUGGAUUAAUGGGUCAAAAGACAGGAAUGUUUUUCUUGUGUGAUGCAAUGAGACAGCAGCCAAAAUGUUUUUACUUUCUGCUCUGUAUUUCCAGUGUUGCUUUCUCACUAAGUCUUUGAAGAAUUAAUUCCUCUACUCACAGAGCAGUUUCAGAUACUUCAGGACCAAUUUUUACUGCACAGAGUGAAAUGCCCCGUGUGUUGACUGUGUAUGAGAACAUUUCAACAGUCCCAAGUUGCCUCCCAGGUGCCAGCCUGGCCCUCCCGUAACGGACUGGCAACUUCAUCUUAUCCAAAAUACAGAACGCCCCCCCAGCUGCUCUGACUUCUGCUCUCGUACUUCACGCUACGAAUGCACUGGGGGCUGAGAGGUUUAUGCUGAAGCCUCAUCCUAUAGAACUUCAGAGCCUCUGUAACUUCACAUCAAGGAGAGUUAAAAUUCAACACCUUGGGUUUGUGGAACGUGGUGCUGCCUGGCCCUGGCAGAACGGCUGCCAAGUGAAGAGAAGGAACCGAAUCUGAAAGGAACGCAUCCUUUGUAUCUAAAGAGUGAACUGGUCCAAGCCCAGGCACUCAGACAUUUAGAACUGGCAGUGCUGUCCAGAGCCUGUUGGAGCGGACAUGCUCAUGAAACCUGCCUUUCUGCUCUGAAAGAUCUAUUAUCUUCCUUGCUUGAGCCUUGGGUGUUUUUUUCUGCUACAUCAGCGAUGUGGUGGGCUUUGGCCAGCUCUGACUUCCUAAAGAAAAACUUCUUUGUAUGCACUGCACAAAAUAGACUAUGAUUUUGUUGUACACAUUUCCAGUUUGCCAAGUCCUGUAUGCUUAGCUUGUCAUCAGGAGAGGAUGAUGAACUGCCUCUAAGUGACAUAGGAGAUGGUGGCUGUGUGGGUGACAAGCAGGAGCACAUUUGUUUGGCUCCAAGAGUCAAUGUUUCCUCCCUUUCCUGGGGGUGGAGUCUGAAAGCUUGAAGUGGCUCUCAGCCACCUAUCACAUUAAAACUUCUUGGUGUUGGCACGUUCACUCCUGCAGCAGCAGAUUGUCAGGUAACAGUUACAGAAACGGGCACUUUAGACCACUGAGAGUGAGAAAACACAGGCAAAUGUCAGCCCUGAGAGGAUAAAGCUGUACCCGUUAGAGGACCAGUCGUCUUAGCGGGAGAAGGCAAAUCUGUUCCAGUGGCUGAGAGACAAGACAACUGAAUCCUCUGCCCAUCUCCCACUGAGGCCUGUGCCCUCCAGACACAGCCAGAGCACCUUUGAGCUUUAAUUUCUGCCUGCUCCCAUAAUCACACAUAGGAUCUGAAGGUGGCUGUUGGCUGAGCGAUGCCCAACAGGUUACAUGGGAUUUGCUUUAUUAGAAAUCGGAGGAGAGGAUUAGGGUGCAAGUGGCUGGUUUUGUGAUGGUCUCAAUACUGUGCAGAGCUGGUGGAUUAACAAACCUAACUUGUUACACAGAGGUCAGCAAGGCACCCUGGAAGUGAAAGCAAAGUUCCUAGAGGGUACUGAUAAUGCUGUGAAUUUCUCCUGCAUGGAGAAUCCAUUUAAUUCUUCAACUGUAUCAGUAGCACGGUAUUUUUGUACAUCAAAGUGUAUAACUUACUGACAUUAAUUCAUUUAACUGCAAACGUUUUGAAAUAAAGAGUCUUACCAGUGUUGCUG